AUGGCACUCAUCUGGGACUCCCCUGGUCAAGACUUCUCAGCCAAUUCAGCACUCGGAGACUGCACAACGCCUUCUUUUACAUAUCCUAUUACCUCCACUCCUUUGAUACUACCUCGCGAUUGGUCAGACAACUACUAUCUUACGGACGAUUUCAACGAUUAUGAAUUUCAGUCUAAUCGCCUCGAUCCUGGUCCUUCGACAUCAUCUACACUAUCUUCUCUGACGGGACUUGGUAUAAGCAACCUUGAAGCAGCGAAGGACAAGCAAAACCCCUCGAGCACAACGGGCGGAUUGGGCGACCGUCGCUCUGCACUUCGAACACCUCGAACAGAUUCAGUCUACAACUCUUUCCCUAGCCUCUAUGGCGAGAUAGAUCUUGAUUAUCCUCCAAGCGACGUUGGCAUUGGCCUGGAAUCUUCUUGGUCUUUCUCCUCUAUUCUCAAGGCGACCGACCUGGCUACGUCGUCGGGCACCGCUUCCUCUUUCUCCUCGAGCCAGAACCUCAAUGGGGAUGCAUCCGCAUCCACAUCUAGCACUGGAGAUGACCUAGAUUGGUCUUUCGAGAGGCUAUCGGAAGCUACGGGUCUUUCUAUCGCUGAAAUCGCUGCUCAGGUAUCCCUUACAGCAGAAGCUGCCCUUCGAGGACUUUCUGAUGAGAACUCGACCUCUUUUCCAGCAACUCAGCCAGACACUCUGGAUCCAUUCAGUCGACUUGGGACGAUGGCAUCUUGGCCGGCUAUGCUGCCACAGACUUCGCAGCCAUUGCUUGUCCUAACUGAUCCUACGACGCGGACCUUCCCGUGGCACAAGCUGUCAGAGGGAGUAAACCCCGCAGACAUUUUGCCACCUCUACCACCUUCGUCGCCUCCAGCUUCCUUGCCGGGUCCAGCUCAGAGAAGCUUUCUAUAUCAGCCUAGUGACACCUCUGUUUCUUGCCGUUCCUCCGAUAGCGACUUACUAGACAACUCGGCUGCCAUCUCAGAAGGAAAGGCUUUAGACAAUGCCUCAACAGACGUUGGCGGGCCUUGGCUUUACUUGCCACCUCCGCCCAUUCCAGAAUGCUGCCCUCAGACUCAUGUAGUCAGCGAAGACGAACGUUCGGUUUUCCAGAGUCCGUCCAGUUCUGAGUAUUCUCCUUCCCUUCCCCUAGUCCCCCAGAAGAGGACCGUAUCUUCCAGAAUAGGCACUAGGAGAAUCUCUCGGAUAAAAGUAGCAAAAAAGGAUCCCGACUUUAUGCCUUCGCCCCAGGACUACUAUCACAACGACCAUGAUCAGCAUAUUCUCGGGGACCUCGACCUGGGCACGCCUGUGCUCGAUGCGCAUCGAGGCAUCGACAUCGAGGUGUUGAAGGCUAAAGCAGAAAGAUAUCGCCUGCGCAACCAAGGACGGGACUAUGACAAGCGUUGGCUCAUCUCGUUCGCAGGCAAGCUGUCCGCGAGGGGCGAGCUCAUCGAGGAAUUUCGCUGCUACGUCUCUGGAUGCAAGCAGGUCAAUAAAAGGCGUGAUCACAUCUUGAUCCAUGUUGGUGCUCAUCUUGACCAGCGGCCCUUCAAGUGUGAGCAUUGUCCUGCUCGUUUCCUCCGGAAGAAUGAAUGCAAGCGUCACGAGCUGAGCCAUACUGGGGAUCUCCUCAAGCGGCAUAUGAAGAGGACCCAUCGCAUGGACCUGAAGGCAGAGAAGGAAAAUGCCGACAACGACACCUACCGUCCCAAGAAACGUGCCAGAUACUGA